UUGAAUUAUUACUUUUCAGGGUGUGCCGUUGACGCAUGCGCACUGAUGGAACUGAAGGCAGGCGUCAUAAUAUAUCCGGAGCUGAAGGUAGAUAGGACUCAGAAUAUCUCAGGUGCUGUGCAUCAACUGGACUCGUCUCUCGUUGCCAGAACAACUGCACUUCCGGGAGCACCAGAGGAGUGGUGCAGGGAACCAUCACUGUAAAUCGUUUGAGAGGUUGUGAGUGUUUGAUGACUUCAGGAGGGAGCCAUAUUAUGGGUUUCUUCACUCGACUCGACAGGAAUUGAAACUAAUCUGAAGUAACAGAAAGAAAUUGCAUCAUAUCUACUGCAGGAGUACAUCAGAUAAUUAACAAUGCAUCCAUAAAAUAUUUUAUGCAAAGAUACAUUAAAAAUAACAAUAUAUUGAAAAUUAUUUAAAUAUAAACCUUCCUGUGAGUGAUUAAAACCAGAGGAGGUGCCAACCCGAAAGUCCUGACCUUCCUGUUAGUGAACUGUAACAGAAUAAACAGUAAUUAGCUUAUAAAAUGUAAUACAAAUAUUAACAACACAAACGUAUACAAUAUUUGCUUAAAGUUUUGUGUUUUGUGAACGUUGAGAGAAAUGGUCUUCAUGUACACCCCGUCGAAAUUAUUGUUUACCGAUAUAGACUCCUUUGCAAAUCAUAUAGAAACUGUAAUCAGUUAAAGCCCAUUUGAAAAUUGCUGGCUCAACAUUGAUCCUGUUUCGAUUGAUCACAAAAUAUACAAAUAGAACUUGCAUAGUCGAUUGCCUCUGCUGCUGAGGAACUCGACAAAAGUGGUGAGGGAAGUAACAAUUAAAAUACAGUAAGUCUGCCUCGACUGAGAAGUUCAGUGCGCCUGACUCGACUGUAAAGCCCAGUAUGUCUGCUUCGACUGUGAAGUCCGAAUUAUUUACAUCAACUCCACAUUCAGUUAUCCUACAGGAAGAUCUGGACAUAUGGCGGUAUAGACUGGCUGUGAAUAAGGCAGGACGAGACGCGCUAGCAAAUGUGUUUAUGUGGUCGUACCAAGGCACCUUCCCAGUAGUGACUUACCUCACUCAGGACUUGGGGUACACCAAUGCUCAGUACAAGCGUGUCUUUGAUGCUCACCAGAGGGAUAAACUCAAAGCUUCAUCUGAUGUUGCUACCUUUGACAUUAGCCUGUUAUACAAACUUCUGCAACGCGUCUGUGGUCUGGCUGAGAUAAAAGACCCCACGUGGACCACUGAAGGGCCUCAAAAACCAUCGCUUGAGUACCUUAUUUAUAAGCUGAAGCAGCACCAAAUUGCGGUUACCUAUGAUCGAAUGACCAUGAGACAGCAAAGCCUCAGCACAACACUGAAGAAGCUCAGGGACUUAUUAGAUAAUAUGUUGACUGAGGCUGGUGCUCGGUGUGGGACAAGCAUCCAGGAUGUCCACAAGGCAAAUAUUGCAACUGCCAAGUAUAUUGAUGGUCUGCUAGAAAAGGUCAGAGAGUCACUUGAUCCCUCGGAUAUGGUGUACUUGCCUCAGCUCCACCGCGAGAUCAAGUUGUACAACAGCCAAAUCACAGAAAUGGUUAAGAAGAAGAGCAAGAAGGAGCUAACUGCUAAAUACCCUAUAUGGCGCUCGUAUAUACACCCACUUGAAUUAAAGACUUUUCCCACACUCGGGAUCCUCAAUAUUACCUACGACCCAAGUCGUGCUUUCACAAGACUGCAAGUCCUUGAAGAUCCCAUCACAGGUGUAAGACCUUCCCAUGUGACCAAAGGUCAGGAUAGCGUAAGAUCCUCCCACACGGCCAAAGGUCAUGGUAUAAACUAUGAAGAUAUCUUAAGUGUGAGACAAGAUAACGGAAAUGUCCCUCAGUGUGUCCUCCUGACGGGGGAAGGUGGUACGGGCAAGACAACUUUACUCAAGCUCAUCUUCGAGAAGUGGGUAAAGGACCCUGCUGCCAUACGUCACCUAUGCAAUGUGGACCUUGUUUUCUAUGUACAGUGCAGGGACAGACAUCUUAAUACCUUCGAUGGUCUCCUGCGCCAGUGGCUGCCUCAAACACUUCGUGAUUCUGGUGCCGACUUCCAGCUGUUUAGGGAGAUAAUCUUGAGCUUAAAUAUAUUAGUCCUGAUUGACGGCUACGACGAGGUCAACGACCAUUCAGGAAGGCUGGUGGAGGAGCUGUUGCACCUGCCUGGCAAGGAUGUGAGGUUGGUGAUAACCACACGGCCGGGGUGGGACCAACAACUGUCACAGCUCGUCCCACACACCAGACCUCAUUGCAACAUCCUCGUCUUGGGCAUCACUCCAGAACGUCGCGUGGAGUUCGCCGAGAGAACCAUCAAGGUGCUGGUGAAGGAAGAGAGCAAACGGAGUGUCAUCACAGAGAGGUUUACCCAGCGGCUGGAGCAGAUGAGUCAGUUCCUGGGUGAGUACCUCAACACUCCACUCACCUUGACCUUGUUGGCGCUGCUGUGCGUCGAGGCUCCAGAAGAAUUUAACAAUCUCACCACAAUCACUCAAGUCUACGAGAAGUUUCAUGACUUCAUAACCAGCAAACUGGUGUCCAUACUCACAGACCAACAUAUGAUUGACCCAAAAGGAAACUGCGAAAUUUUUUUGUCGUUUUUUGAUGAAAUUAGUUUAAGAGGGAUCAAGAGGCAGGAGUACGACCUUUGGCCGGAGACGGAAGAGGAGAUUAUGAAGAAGUGUGAGACUCUGAAACUACCGCGGUGGAUGGUCUUGUCCACUUAUUUCACAAAAACAUGGUCCCAUGGGAGCCUCUGGCCUAAGCAGGUGUUUAGCUAUUUUCACGCCAGGUACCAGGAGUAUUGUGCCGGCAGGGGGCUGGUCGCUCAGUUGGUGAGGGCUGAAGGAAAGCUCGGUGAUCCAACAUCACAUAAGGAGUCACGUAAAAGUGCAACGAACACCAACCUUGUGCGGGAUGUUCUUCUGGAGGACAGAAACACAACGAUUGGUGAGAUAUUUAAUGAAACUAGAUUCCAGUGCAUCUUACUUAAUGCUACCAGUGUGUUGAGCAACAGUCAUCUUGAACACAAAUUUGCGUCGCAGGUAAUUGACAUUGUAAACUUCGGGGAAACUGUGGAAGAGCUAUUAAAGCAUGUAGCAGAGUCCCGUGGUAGUGAACACGUCAUCCAAGCUGUGUGCAAGAAACUGAAAGAACUAGCACACUGGAAGAUAAAGAGUGUUGGAUCGUAUGCUGUCCUGCCGAUUGUUCUUAGGAGGGUGAUGCCUGAUAGUAUCUAUCUGGGUAUAGAGAGCAGACCACAGUCAAGCCAACUGCAGUGCGUAUUGGGAUUUUUGAAGAAACAACAGAUAUAUGUAAACAUGUGUUUCUAUGGUCAUUACUUUUGCAGAAAUGGCGAUCUUUCAGACACUUAUUUAGAAACGGUGACAGCACCCGGCAGUAAGUGUAUCCUAGAGAUAUUUGAAGGUUGCUUGUCUGAGGCAGCCAUUCCCCUCCUGCCUCUCACCCUCCGGUGUCUCACCCUGCGCCUCACACAACAACAACUGCUCGUCCUCAUAGAUCACCUGCCACACCUUCGCCACAUCAAUAACUUAAGUAUUAGACUGGAAGCCGAGAGACUCAUGCACCCAGCCAAACUAUCCAGUCUGCCCUAUAAAGGAAGAGGACUCGAACUGACAAUCGUCUGCAGCUUAACGGAUGACAGCCCCGACAUCGACUGGUGCUGCCAUCUGGCUCGACAACUUUGUCCCCUCUCCAAAAAGUUGUGUUAUCCUUUCCUGAGCUACCAGGGCACUGACCUCACAAGUGUGGGUGUGGAGAAUCUUCUGAGAGGACUUGACCGUGAGGGCGUCACCACCAACAACCUCUUAGUGGAGGUCACAGACUAUCUUUCCCUGGAAGAAGAUCAUCGCCUAAGACGUCUGGCUCGAAGGUUCGGAAUUCUGGGAUUUCAAGUCACUUGGACUGGAAGAAGAUCCUACUAGCUCACGAAAACCCUCAUUAAUUUUUUGUAUUACUAUCUGGAGCCGCAGGUCAGUAUUUGUAACUUAGUAAACUUACUGCAGGUCAGUAUAAACUUUCACAAGUUUUACUUUUCAGUUAUAUUUUAAUAUAAUUGUGUAAUGUUAUGAUAUGAAUGAGCUGCAGUGUGUGGCAUAUGAACGACUCGACUCAUGGUAUUUUUUGUCAUGAAUUAUAUAAGUGACUGAAUUGCAGCUUAUUAACAUGUUAAUCCUUGAAGUGUGCUGUUCUCUCAUCCGUCUGGGUCAUUACUAUGUCAAAUUAACGAAAUAUAUAAUUAAUAAUAUAUUGUAAAUAUAUAAAUUAAAUAAUCGAGCAAUGAAUGUAAUGAAAUGCCUUUUCUUGGUGAGGCCAUCAGUGGCUUCACGAGUUCUUAUGACAUCAGUUAUCCAAGAUGACUGUCAAAUAUUACAUAUCUAAAAUUUAGUAUAUUACCCCCCUCCCCCCUCCCCCCUCCCAGAAUGUCCCUGAAAAAUGCAUAUAAAUUUUUUAUUAAUCAUGAAGCAAUGAACAAGAUUGCUUUUAGAAAUUUUGUUCUAUGUUUAGUGGUUAAGAAAUAAGAAGAUAGCUCACGUUUUCUCGAUGACACAAAUUUCUUCUGCAUAUAUUGUCUCUUUGUCCCUAUAUGCCACAUAAAGUUUGGAAUUGUUAUCUUAGUAAUUGCCAUUUUUUGUUUUUCUGCAUUUGUCUUUCCUUAAAAUUUUUCAAUGAGGUGUUGAAGCAAUAAACAAAUCUCUAUAAAUUAAGUCGAGACCAUAGAAAAGUUCAUACAACAUGCGAAGCUGUCUUCAGGUGGAGCUAGCUUCAUCUACGCAAAAUCCCAAACUUUUUACUGAUAAUGCAAUGUGAAUUUUGCGCCACGCUAAUAUCAACUUACUUCUUGUCAAUUAAUUGAAUUCUCAUGAACUUGUAUUGUGUUCGGGAAAAGAGAAUUACAAAAUCCUGAAUAUGGUUCAUGUUAGUAAUUAGCUCAAAAAUGUGAGUGUACAGCAGCUACAAGAAUUAUAUGGCAAAUAGUACGAAGAGUGCUACAAAAGGUGUACUCAUAGGAGCAACAUGGUAUGAAGAGUGCUACAAAAGGUGUACUCAUAGGAGCAACAUGGUAUGAAGAGUGCUACAAGAAGUGUACUCAUUAGAACAACAUGAGAAGGGGGGAUUUGCUGCCGACACCAUUACUAGCUGGCCGCACACGCUUUUGUUCCCUGGAAAACUCAAGAUUCUGAGCACAUAUCAGCUUAGAUCAUGGCGGUUUUGUGAUAAUACGUCAAUACUCCAAGACUCAGAGAAUAUCAUGUUUGGAAGGAAACAAUACCGAUUUCAUCCGCAACUGAUGGACAAACAACGUUGUUGAUUAUCUGCUGUCCAGCUGACUGGUAUUCUGCGCAUCCCAGUACGCAGGCAACCCAAAAUGUCGUACUGCAUUUGUCGCCAAUGACCGUUUUUUUGUGAGGGCAAAAUGGUUCGAAAGCAUACAAAAAGCUACAAAAGUCAUUAACCAGGUCACUUAAGAGUCCUUCCCUGAAGGGCAAGGCUAUACCCUGCGGGUAUCACCACCAAAGCGGGCACCUUAGAAGGUGUAUAGUGAAAGGUAGACCAAACAGCUCAAUUAAAUGUUAGAUAUCCCUGAUUCCACCAGGAGAAAUCAUUUUAUGACCUCCGAUGGAGGGGAAUGAAUUUCUCUAGGGCCUAGGAGUGUCUCAGGCAUUAUGUAGGGAAGCGAAUCGGUCCUCACUACGUGGAGACGUCAUGGGGAGCUCAAAGCGAAAGAGAGAAUGGAAGCAGCUUUCAGACGAGAAGGGACAAUAGACCGAGGUGCAGCAGGCACCGAAGAAAACUGCUAUCGAGGCUUCACCUUGUGCUUCUACCAGCAGACAUAAUGGACCUAGAGAGGACAGCAACAGUCACACACCAGCCAGUGUCAGACAAUGCUUCUCUGACCACAACAACCACAAGACGACAGUAUGAGACAGAAGAGGACAGUACCAGUCACACACCAGCCUGUGUCAGACACUGUACCUCUCUUCAUAGCCCAGUCACAGGAAAACAGUAUGAAACAGGAGAGGACACCACCAGUCUCACUCCAGACAUCGUCAUACUCUGCACAUCUUCCAAAAUUCCAGAUAAUGCAGGCAGACAACUUUCCUACAGCAUAUGGAGUAGUAACGACAAUGGAAAAGGAAUGACCAGAGCUCAACCUCUGCAUCACAGUCAACCUGAAGGAAGAAAUAAUAAUAACACCACGAGACCAACAGGCUACAAAUUACUUAGAAAAAGUAACAGUCCAGCAAGGGAAACCUGUAUGCUUGGAAAAACUGGCCGAAAGAGACCAUACGUCCUGGCAUCUAUGCAUCAAGACAUUAACAUUCAGUAGGUUACACAAUAUCAAUAUCUCCGAGUAUGGAUAGAUUCUAAAAUGACAUUCAACAAGCAAACUCAGUAUCUGAACGAGAAAGGAAAAUCAGGGCUGAAUAUAAUGAGAGCAAUCACAGGAGCAAUCUAGGAGCGGAACACAAAGUGUUAAGAAUGUUUUACAUACACACUGUUCGUUCCCUAGUUGAUUAUGCAGCGCCUGUCUUACUCCCUCUUUCUCCUGGUUAGUGGGCAAACCUUGAGGUUAUUCAAAAUGAUGCAAUGCGAGUCAUAACAGGGGCUCCCAGAUGGACUAAAAUACUGAACCUAAGACUAGAAACCUAGCUAACGUCGAUUGAAAUAAG